UGAUGCCCGUCGAACGUCGGGCAACUUCGGCAUCCGACCGACAAGCAGAUGAGUUCACAACGUCAUGACAAAUUCAUCCCAUUGCAUAACGGAGACUACUAUCGAUGACGACACCCCGAGUCAGGGAUAGGAUCCUCUUCCCCGAUUCGGAGGCAACGCUAUGUAGUAAAUCAUGUUCGAUAGCAGCUUGAUCCUGUGCGAUCGAUGGGAUCUGCAAUACCUCUUUGGGUGGAGGAAAGCACACAGCAACCGAACGUCUCCGAAUUUGUCAAUCUGAGCCUCAGCUGCGUCGAGUCCAGGAAGUGUGGAUAUUUGUUCCUGAAUUCGGGACUGUCUCCGAUCACUGUCUGUCUUUCUUUCUUUCUUUUCUUUUUUUUACCCCAUGCGAUAAUUGAUAAUAGGUGGAUCAUCGUCGUCUAUCUACACGUCAUAUCAACUAGUGCAUACAGGCAAAGGAAGUGCUGGCGCAGGUAUCAGCCAGCUGAGGUAGUGGAGACUCAGCUAUAGUACCAGUACCUCUUGUCGUAAAGGGCGAUAAGC